CAAUGUCUACAAAAAGCCGCACACACAGCCUCACAUCCCUCCACCGAUUUACAUAUUUAUCGUCAUUUUAUUUAACAUUUUUAUUGCUGCUCAAAUGCCACAAAGUGGCUGGCCUUUUGGGCAAAUCACAAAUGUGUGAAGUUGAGACGGGACAAACAAAUAUUAUAUUGGAUAUUGAGGAGAGCAGGGGAGACUAUAUUGGCCAACAAACAAAUCCACCCGAACUACCCAUAUUUGGUGAUCCGUUUACGGAAAUUGCCUUGGAUCUAGUCUUUCCCAAAGGAAAUCCUAUAUUCUUAUUGAAUGGCAAAAAAUUACAACUGCUACAGCCAUUGGAUCGCGAUGAAGAGAAUUUAAGUCAUAUUGUAUUUCAAGUUUCCUGUACAGUACGUUCCUCGAACAAACGUCGCAAUAUACCGAUUAUAGUGCGCGUGUCUGAUGUUAAUGAUAAUGCGCCACGUUUCAUGAACACACCUUAUGAGGUUACAGUGCCUGAGAGCACUCCAGUGGGGACAACGAUUUUUCGCAAUAUUCAAGCCUUGGAUAAGGAUGCCGGUGUUAAUGGCCUGGUUGAGUACUUUAUUGUUGAGGGCUCCACAAAUACCACAGAAGAUGAAAAGAUGACAAUUGCUGAUGGUUAUGGCACAUUUGCCAUAUCAUUUCCCCAUCAGGGCCAGGUUACCGUUGCUAAAACAUUGGAUUACGAGAAAAUACAACGUUACUACUUGACAAUUGUCGCAUCGGAUCGCGCUCGCAACGUUUCCGAGCGGCUAACAUCAACCACCACACUCACAGUGAAUAUAGCCGAUUCGGAUGAUUUGGAUCCCUCGUUCAUCUAUCGUAAUUGUGUUCUAUUGGAUGGAGCAUGCAUUAAUCCCGAAUAUACCGCCUCAGUGCCUGCCGGCUCACUACAAGGUGUCCUAACCGUUACUCCCGAAAGAAUACAAGCUGUGGACUUGGAUACUAUCAGUGCACCAAUACGUUAUUCAUUUGCCAGUGGUAUGCCUGGAAAUUAUGCGGAUUAUUUUGAAAUUGAUGAACAGACGGGAGUGUUGAAACAAAUCAAAGCUGUGGAUACCUCGACUGCGAAGCGAUAUGACAUUAUUGUCAAGGCGGAGGAAGUGUCAAUGAUUAAGAGAUUUACUACGGCGAAAUUGACAAUAAAUGUGAAGCCUGUUGAUGCCAAUCCGCCGGUAAUUUCUGCUAGCUCCAUUGUGGGCUUUGUUGAUGAAAACUCCCCCUUGGGUACAAAAGUUUUAGAUGAACAUGGCAAACCGAUUAGCUUUAAGACCAGUGAUGCUGAUUUAACAGAAGAUGAUCCGAAACCGGACUACAUUUAUGAAUUGACUACACCCUCAUUUGAGGUAACUUCCGAAGGUGUUUUGGUGGUCAAUGAAGAAGGUCUGGAUCGUGAUCCCCCGGCACCGGGUAAAUAUAAAUUCCAAGUUGUGGCCCGAGAACCCAAAACAAACGCCGCCAGUGCACCGCUGAGUUUGACUGUGAUUUUGAAAGAUGUCAAUGACAAUGCACCGAAAAUUUCAAUGGUCCCACCCGUAUCCAUUACCGCCGGAGAUGGUGUACGUAAGCUGGCCCAGGUAUCGGCAACAGAUAAUGAUGAGGGUGCCAAUGCCGCUAUUACCUAUUCCAUAUACCACGUUUCCAAUAAUGGUCUGCAAAAGUUCACCAUUGAUGAGCAAACGGGAGAAAUUGAAACCCGAGGUCGCCUAUUGGCUGGAGAACAAUAUAGUAUAACGGUACAGGCCACCGAUGUUGGGGGUUUGUCGUCACAGGCUAUUGUGGAGGUUACUGUUACACCGGGACCGAAUACAAAACCACCGAAAUUUGUGAAGUCCGUCUAUGAGGUGCAGGUGAGCGAAGGAGCCGAAAUUAAUUCCACUGUCUCGGUUAUCCAUGCUGAAGAUCCUGAAAACGAUCCGGUCGUCUAUUCCAUUGUAUCGGGUAAUGAUUUGCGGCAAUUUGCUGUGGGACAAGAGUCGGGGGUUAUUUCUGUAAUUCGCAAAUUAGAUCGUGAAAGUUUGACCCGCUACCAAUUGAUUGUAAAGGCAGCGGAUAAUGGUGGUUUGUCCAGCAGUGCAACUGUCAAUAUUAAGGUAACCGAUAUCAAUGAUAAGAAUCCGGAAUUUGAUGAAUCCACCUUGCCCUAUGUCUUCCAAGUUGAUGAGGGCCGCGAACAGGCAUUUGUCGGCAUUGUCCACGCCACCGAUGCUGAUGAGGGUAUCAAUGCUGAAAUUACCUAUUCCAUACCUCAGGAUAUACCAUUCUCCAUUAAUGGUAGCUCCGGAGAGAUAAGGACAUCUAAGGCCUUGGAUUAUGAAAAACAAAAUGAAUACCGUUUUGUGGUCACAGCUAAGGAUGGGGCACCAGAUGCCCGCCUGGGAACGGCCAGUGUUACGGUACAGGUCCGGGAUUUACCAGAUGAAGUACCGAAGUUCACCGAUACCCAUAUUGAUGUUAAGGUCCCAGAAAAUGAGCCAGAUUUUUUGGUGGCCACGGUGCAAGCCUAUGAUCCUGAUACUAUUCCGGAUAUAACCUAUGUGAUACGUAAGGGAGAAACAGAAUUCUUUAAGGUUAAUCCUGCAACAGGAGAGAUUCGAACCACUAAGGGAUUGGAUUAUGAGAAGCAGAAAACCCACGAAUUGAUUGUGGGCACAAUUGAGAAUGAUGAAAAUGGUCCUGGAGAUACGGUGAAAGUUGUGGUGGAUGUGGAAGAUCGUAAUGAUGUUAGGCCCGUUUUCGUUUCCGUACCCGAACCCGUUACCGUCAAUGAUGAUCAACCAAUUGGUGCCAUGAUUGCCACGAUGCCAGCCAUAGAUGGUGAUGGUUCAUCCCCAGGUAAUGUGGUACGUUAUGAAAUUGUCGGUCGCGGUAAGGCAUUGAAAUAUUUCCAAGUUGACCCCGAUACGGGAGCCAUACGCAUUCGAGAUGAGUUACGUAAGGAAGAGGAUACUGAGUACCAGGUGGAUAUUCGUGCUUAUGAUAUGGGUGAACCCCAACUGAGUUCAGUGGCCACCUUGCCGGUAUUCGUUAGACACCUCCUUACCGAUCCCAAUGAAGAUAGUGCCAUGGAAGGACGCACCGAUAAUGGUGUCAUUACCUCACCCGAAAGCCUCGGUUUGGCCUUUAGUGAUGAUAGCUAUACGACUGGGGUUCCUGAGACCACUGGUAUCAAUGCCACCAUUAAACUCAUCCAGGUUAUUAAUUCGAAAAAAUCGGUCAAAUCGAAUCCUGGUUUUAAAUGUGAAAUAAUUGGAGGAAAUGAAUGGGGUCUCUUCAAUGUUACCCAAGAGGAUCAUGGUUGUGGUAUACAGCUGAUAAAACAUUUGGAUUAUGAAAAUAUGACCACAUUCUCGUUGGAUUUGCGUUUGACCUCCCACAAGUAUUUCAUUAAUCCUCAGAAGAGUACAACAACGGUUAAGAUUAUUGUGCAGGAUGAGAAUGAUAAUGCUCCGGAAUUUAUUUUUAAUCGGGCUCGCGGCCGUAAGGAUACCUUUUAUGGUGUGGUUAGUCCUGAAAUGGACAUAGAUACACCAAUUUUGCAAGUUCGAGCCACUGAUCGGGAUUCUGGUAAAUUUGGAAUGAUCCGUUAUAAGCUCUAUGAUGAGGAGGAUAAUAAUGUCAAUAAUGAGAAUUUGCCCUCCACCUAUUUCACCAUGACCGAGGACACUGGCAUCUUACGCACUGCCAAAUUAUUCCGCGACGAAGCCCAAUUCCCCAUGAUUUUCUAUGUAGAGGCCAGAGACAAUGAUGGCCAGGAAAUGGGUUCCCAUCGCACCCGAGCCCGUAUUGUCAUCAAUAAAAUUACCGAUCUGCAACGUCAUUCGCUAUUCUUCUCUGAUGCCACACCCAAUGAGCUACGUAAUCAUUAUGCCGCUCUGGAGGAAUUGUUCUCUGAAAAGACCGGAGGUCUCAUUAGCGGUAUUGAAAGAUUUAGUAAUCGUAAAUUUUUAAAUGAAAAUGGUACCAUAUUGGAAAAUCCCGCUGCCACGGAUGUUUGGUUCUAUUUGAUUGAUCCCAAGACGGAAAAGAUUCUGCCACGUAAUGCCUCAGUGGUGCAAGAGACAUUAUUAGAACCCACAGCAAGUUCGGAGAUUAUUUUCGCUGCCUCAUCGAAAACCCGGGCCACUGCAGAGGGUAUUUAUGCACCCAUUGAAAUGAAACAACAGGUCCACAAGGUCAAGGCCGCCAUUGCCAUUGAUGAUGAAGUAUUCCCCUACACCUUGAUAGCCAUUUCAAUAAUUAUUUUAAUUUUGGGUAUUAUUGGUAUUAUCUACAUAUGUAUCUCCUGGUCCAAAUACAAAAACUUCAAACAACGCAUGCGUCAAUAUUCCACUCCAAGCCCCACACGUUAUGAUCCGGUCAUUGUCAACUCUCAGGCCUCAAAUGCCGGCGACACGGUAGCCAAUCUGAAGGAAUAUGAAACCCAAGUUCUAGCCAUGGCUGUACCACCAGAUGGUGAUGAUGAAUUGCAACUGGAUUUCAGUGCCAAAAAUCAUGCCUUCUCUUUGGACAAUGUUAGCUAUAUUACCCACAAGGAACACAAUGGUAGUUCAAGUGGUGGCCAAACAAGUCCAUCCCAUUCCGAGGCCACAACUGCCACCAUUGCCACCCUGCGAAGGAAUAAUAACAACAAUAAUCUAAAUAAUAUGUCCGCCAAUAAUAAUAUCAACAACAACAAUAAUCACAGUACCAUGAAUAAUCGUCAAAACACCUUCAAUCGUACACUCGAGAUGAAUGCCCGUAAUAAUGCCAACCCGCUGGCAGCAAAUGGUACCCUACCGGGCACCCUCACUUUGGGUCGCAUUAAACAUCAAAAUUCCAAUCAUUAUCAAAAUGGUGGCUAUAAAAUGGAUAGUGUUAGUCGUAAUAAUUUGGCAAAUUUACAAAAUAAUGCCUACAGCACCUUGGGUCGGAGGGGUAAUACAUUUGGUAAUAAUUCCAAUUUGAAUGGUGGCCUCAAUGGUGAUCUUAGUGGUGGUAAUGGAGAGCUAAUGACAAACACGUUGGGGAGAAAUCAUCAACAGCCGCAGCAUAAUAUUCAGAGGGGUUAUAAUGAGGUCCCGAUAACAAAUCCAUUGUUUCAGAGAUCCAAUGGCGAUCUAUCCCACCUAAGUCCCACCAAUGAAAAUGUUACAUUUGGCAAACGUGAUUAUGGUCAAAUGGGAUUUUCCUACCUAAACGAUUUGGAUCGUUCCGAAGUCGAAACAACUACAGAAUUAUGAAAAUAUUUCAAAGCAUACGAUACGAAUGA